AUGAUUCCUCCGGGGGAAUGCCUCUAUGCUGGGAGGAAAAGGAGGAAACCCAUUCAGAAACAAAGGCCUGCAGCUGGAAAUGAAAAAUCAAAUCCUUCAAAGAGGCACAGGGACCGCCUAAAUGCAGAACUAGACCAUCUGGCCAGCCUCCUGCCUUUCCCACCUGACAUAAUAUCCAAGCUGGACAAGCUGUCUGUGCUGCGCCUUAGUGUCAGCUACCUGCGAGUCAAAAGUUUCUUUCAAGCCAUUCAAGAAAAGCACUUUAAGAAACAAGUUGGUCAGACAAUAAAAGAAGACAAUGUAUCUAACAAGACUGCUGUUCAGGAAGGUGGACUUCUACUAGAGUCACUGAACGGUUUUGCAUUGGUGGUGAGUGCAGAUGGAAUGAUAUUUUAUGCAUCAUCAACGAUUGUGGACUACCUAGGGUUUCAUCAGACUGAUGUAAUGCACCAAAACAUAUAUGAUUACAUUCACGUUGACGAUCGCCAGGAUUUCUGUAGACAACUGCACUGGGCCAUGAAUCCACCUCAGAUGUCUGGACAGCAGCUACAGACAGAAACAGGAGAAGAAUAUAUUCUCAGUAAAUUGUUUAAAGCACAAGAGAAUGACAGCACAACAACAGAUUAUUCUUCCUUCUUAACUCGUUGUUUCAUCUGUCGAGUUCGCUGCUUGUUGGACAGUACUUCUGGCUUCCUUACAAUGCAGUUUCAAGGCAAACUGAAGUUUCUUUUUGGACAAAGGAAGAAGUCCUCAUCAGGAGCAGUAUUACCACCUCAGCUGUCCUUAUUCUGCAUAGUGGUACCACUACUUCUCCCUUCUGUGACAGAGAUGAAGAUGAAAAGCCUGCUUGUGAAAACAAAACACAAAGCUGAUGAUGCAGCAGUGAAUGCAAACUCCAGUUCCAAAGGUAAUUCAGGUCUGUGUGAAGCAGCAGAAUUAUAUGGAAGAAAUAGUCAUCAUGAAGGUGCAACUUUUGCUAAUGUAUUACAGAUUACUGAAAACCAAUUCAAAGCGAAGAAUAAUGGAGAAAAUGGCAUUUCUCUAGUCAAAGUACAAACAAAUGAAGAUCACUGGGUCUGGGUUCAAGCUAACACUCAACUUCUGUAUCGAAGUGGUUGUUCAGAAUAUGUUGUUGCCCAACAGCAAAUGCUAAAGGAUGAAGAUGAACAACUGAAGAUACCGAACAGUUUUGCCAGUUUGAAGGGAAACCUGGAAGGACUUUCCUACAACAGUGCCAUUGAAACUCUGGGCCAACUGAAGCAUCUCAACUGGACAGCAGUAAAAAAUGAGCAAGAUAAUGUAAAAGUGAAGUUUGAGCCUCAUACAAAUGGUGAGUGUUUCGUGCAGGAGGAAUCUCUCAGUUCUAAUGCACCAAUUUUAGGCGUUCAAAACAACUGCAGCACAAACAGUAGCUGGACUUUCAGAAAUUCAAGCUCUUGUUCUAUAAAUCAGCGAAUGAAUGCGUGUUCAAACCGAAGAGCUGGAUCGUUCUACAACAGGGACCAAAGUUUCUUAAAUUUAGCAUCAACUUGUCCUUCCCACUGGGGUAGUGCAGAAAAUUGUCAGUCUUACUCAGGCUUACAACAGCGUGCUGUGGAGAACUAUACUACAGACCACCUGAAACUGCAGAGAUCGUUAAUAUCCUCGGAGUCUCUCUAUGAUGCAUCGUUUCCCUUGGAUAUGCCUAUCAAAACAGAAUACGAUUCUGAUUCUGAAAACAUUGCUGAUAACUACCCGAUGCCACAAAACCGAGCCUGGCUGGAUGAGAACGGCACCAUGAGGAAGCAGUUGUUCAGCUAUCCCAAUAGGGUGCACCUUAAAGCAGAACCGGACCUCUGUCAGCAAGCUUCACUUUGCCAGAAGCCAAGGCACUGCCUCUACACACCACAUAACUGGCAGUGCAUUGUAGCAAAUCAUCCCAGCAACCUCAAUCUGAACAGAUCUUGCAAGGGUUUGCGUAACAGAGAGGUGGCCCCGUUUUGCCCCCAGAACUCCUCCGCCUGCUUGGAAAGCCUGCCUGACCUGCCGCACGCCGAGGGCUAUGGCCAAUUCUACAGCCCUGCUCCAGGGGAGAAGGAGCAGAGUAAUGAGGUGUUUAAAAUGCCAUGUGAAUUUAAAAACCCUUGCUUGGUUCAAGCGAUCAAGCGUGAGCCCCUGGAUUCCCCACCAUUGUCCAACAUUGGACAGAACAGAGCGCACAUGAGCUUCCCUGAAAAUACAAUAGCAGGUCCUGUGCCUCAUAAAGUCACUGAAUGUACAUUCUUACAAUAG